GUAUGGUUACUAAAUUUUAUUAUGGAAUAUUUUGCUCCUGAAUAUUAGGUUGAUGUUCUCUCAUGAAUUUGUGGUCAAAGAAAUGUAGAGUCUGCUUUUUUUAUUAUUAAAAUAGCUUGUUUCAUGCAUUUUCUAUGCACAUGCCAAAUUUCAACAAAAAAUAAUGAUAAGCAAUUAGUCUAAUUAGUGUUAUACCAAGUAUACCACUUUUUUCAGGUAGCCCUAGGCAAACGGUUUUUUGAGGUGGUUAUUUUUAGAAACAUAUAUUAACCUUGACGACUUUUGAAAGAAGAAAGAUUUGGCUUGAUUUAUAUAAACUAUUGUGUAUUGCUAACAUACCUUUUUAUGGAGUAUUUUGCUGAGAAUUUUGCAUGGAAAUUUGGCUGAUGUUGUAACAUAGAUUUGUAGUUAAAGAAAUGUAGAGUCUGCUUUUUUUAUUAUUAAAAUAGUUUUUUUCAUGCAUUUUCUAUGAACAUGCCAAAUUUCAACGAAAAAUAAUUAUAAGCAAUUAGUCUAAUUAGUGUUGGACUUUAGGUACCUAAUUUCGAUUUUUUUUUUGUUUUUUUUUUUGGUAAGCAAAAUCCGGUAGGCGCCGAAAUCCGGAUAAGGGGGGGUUUCAACUAAAAAUCUUAUUUUGAAUUAUUGUGAUAUAUAUUAUUAGAUUUAAAAAAAUAUGGCAACAUAUAGCAAGAGUGUGUUAGAUGCCCUAACAGAAAAUCCUGCCCAGCUUUUUGUUGAUUUUUUGAGGUUUCUCGAAUCUACACAGCCCAUCACUGUUCCUUCUACAUCUGCUAUAAGGGUUACAUCUUCAGCACCCACUAUAACUAUUCCAUGUGUUCAACCUCCUGCUGUCGAAUCUACACAGCCUAUCACAGCUACAUUUACGUGUUCAACGAAUGUUCCUUCUACAUCUGCUAUUUGUGUUACAUCUUCUGCGGCUUCUAUGACUCGUAAGUUUAAAAACUAUUAUUUGCAAACAUUUACACACCUUUCUUAUCAAUUGCAAAUUUUUAUAGAAACUUUUUUUAUCUUUAGUUCCAGGUAUUCAACCUUCUGCUGGUUGGAUACGACUGGGCAGGAAGGGGGGCGUUUGGCGUGGCACAUGUCCCGUCCCUUAUGUCAACUUAUACACCACUUGUAUAUGCUGUAAAGUAAGAAAAUUUAAUUUAAAAUUUUUCAUACAAAAUAUAAUCAUUGUUUUUUAGGUUCAAAUAUUUAUAACAAUGUAGCAUUUCACUACGAGGGUGUUAAAACGUAACAAAGACAUCAACACUUCAAUCUAAAAUAGACCACUAAUAUUUGGAAAUGGAUUGGAAGCAAAUUGGAACAAUUUUUUGUGUAUAAAGAUGACAUAUUUUAUCAGAAAAACACUCUUUCGUGUGAAAAA